AAGAAAAAUACUCUUCCCCCCAAUAGACUUCCAACCAAAUAACGUGUGAACUGCGUUAUAUCCUUACAACUUAAAGUCUUCUUUGAAAGCAUAAAACCUUACACAGCGAGAGAAACAAAGCCAAUAGGUCUCGUCUUCGUGGAACCCUUAACUCUUCAAAAGAACAAUACCAGAAGAUUACAGAAGAGAGAGAGAGAGAAAGGAAAAAAAGGAAAGAAAAAAAAAAUCUUUGAAUCAUUUCUAGGGUUUCUCUUCGAAUAUAUUCUCUCCGUCUCUUUCAUUUUUCUUUUACAGAUCGUUGAACGGAAGUUAGGUUUACAAUCUAGAUUGGAUUAUCAUUUUCAUUUCCUGCGAUUAAUCCAACAAUCAGCGAAGAAAACGAGAAGAAGAUCUAUUUGAUCGGAGUUCUUGGCAUUCUUUCACCAUUUUCUAUAAUCUUUCUCUGUUUUCUUGUCAUGCGAUUGUUUCAGGCGACCACUAGUUCGUCUUCGGAGGGUCGCAAGCAGAGGAAGCCGUCUUCUUCACCACAUUCUGGGCGUGGUUCCGAGCGAGACAACUUGCGAGCUCGGAAGAAACACAAGAAGCUUGAUGCUAUUUGCGAGAAUUUUUUCACUCGUAAUCGUAAUAUUCAAGCAGAGCCGAACGAAGGCAAUGCCGAAGGAACAUCGGGGGCUGUUGGUUCGGAGCUCCGUCGGAGCUCUCGCGCUAGGAGAGCUCCUGUAUUGCUUGAUUCGUCUCCUCCGCCUGUGAAGAAAAGAGGUAGAGUUGAUAAAGGUGGCGAUAGUUCGGGUACGAAGAAGGGAAGGUUUGUUGGUAAUGAGGAGGAGAAUGAUAGUCCAGAGAAGCCUUCCCCUCGUCCUAAUUCUGGGGAUUUGGAGGAAACGGAGACUUGGAAAUCAAGGUUGAGAUCUAGGGCUAAACGUGUUAGUUUUGUGCUGAAAGUUGAGCAAACUUCUCCCCGUGGUAAAAGGAAGCUUUUUCAGGAGCCAGAUAGAUUAAGAGAGGAAACUAAGUUGGCUGAUACCGAUUCCAAUGCCAAGAAAGAAGAACCAGAGGGAGCGAAAUCACAUGAUGGAAAGCUAAAGAGGCAUGGCAAAGCUAGGGGACCAAUGCGGCUAAAGAGUGACAAUCUAACUAUGGCAUCUGCUAAUAGCAAAGAAGAAGACCAUGAGAGGGAUGCGGUGAAAAUAAUAUUGGACUUAGAUGGGGAGAGCGUUCUGCCCAUGGAGAGCACAGUGGGUGGUGGAAGUGAGAGGGAGGUGGUAUGUGAUAGUUCCACACAAGUAAUUGGGAAAGAGGAGAGCCAAACCACUAUCGUUUUACCGGCUGAGGAGGAUGUCAGUGGCUACAAGGAUUUGGAGGCCAGGGACGAGAAGGUUUUGGAAACUGCGUCAGAAAGCGAUAAGCAGAUGGAACAAACAGAGUUUAAAAAUGAAAUGGGAAAUAGAAUGGAUGCUGCUGAAAUUGUUGGACCCCAGACAAACCAACCAGACAAUGAAGGAUGUCGUGCUGACAAAGAUACAUGCUCCGUUUCUGGCAGAACCCUAGAAAAUGAGAAUGUUGAGAAGGAGAGGAAGGUAAAGAACCUUACAACUGAUGCACUUGACAAGCCACGAAUACAUGAAGGGCGUAGAUGUGGUUUAUGUGGUGGAAGAACUGAUGGAAAACCUCCAAAGAGGUUAGUAAGGGAUUCUGUUGAGAGCGAUAAUGAGGGAGGUGGUGGGUCAUCAGCCCCAGAGGACCCUAACUAUGAUAUAUGGGAUGGAUUUGGUGAUGAACCUGGUUGGCUUGGACGUCUCCUGGGUCCCAUACAUGAUCGUUUUGGUAUUGCUGGUGUCUGGGUUCAUCAACAUUGUGCUGUUUGGAGUCCAGAGGUCUACUUUGCUGGUUUGGGAUGCUUAAAAAAUGUUAGGGCAGCACUUUGCAGGGGAAGAGCACUCAAGUGCAGCCGCUGUGGGAGGCCAGGAGCAACUAUUGGAUGCCGUGUUGAUCGGUGUCCCAAAACCUAUCACUUGCCUUGUGGGAGAGCUGAUGGUUGUGUUUUUGAUCAUCGAAAAUUUCUCAUUGCUUGCUCAGAUCAUCGGCAUCUUUUCCAACCUCAUGGUAGUCAGUAUUUGCACCGGCAGAAAAGAAUGAAAGCUAGGAAAAUGAAGUUGGAAAUGAAGAAGCUGGCAGAUGAUGCAUGGCGGAAGGAUUUUGAGUCGGAAGAAAAAUGGUUGGAAAACUGUGGUGAAGAUGAAGAGUUCUUGAAACGUGAACGCAAGAGGCUUCAUCGAGAUUUGUUGAGAAUUGCACCUGUGUACAUUGGUGGUUCUUCCUCCGAAAGUGAAAAACUAUAUCAGGGUUGGGAGUCUCUUGCUGGGCUUCAAAAUGUGAUCCAAUGCCUGAAGGAGGUUGUCAUAUUGCCUCUUUUAUAUCCGGAGUUCUUUAAUAACAUGGGGAUUACACCUCCAAGAGGUGUUCUUUUACAUGGGUAUCCUGGGACAGGAAAAACCCUAGUGGUGCGGGCAUUGAUUGGUUCAUGUGCUCGUGGUGACAAACGAAUAGCCUAUUUUGCUCGUAAAGGUGCAGAUUGUCUAGGAAAAUAUGUUGGUGAUGCUGAGCGGCAGUUAAGACUCUUGUUUCAGGUUGCUGAAAAAUCUCAACCAUCUAUAAUAUUCUUUGAUGAGAUUGAUGGUUUGGCACCAUGUCGCACGAGGCAGCAAGAUCAGACACAUAGCUCCGUUGUAUCCACUUUGCUUGCACUGUUGGAUGGUCUAAAAUCUCGAGGCUCGGUCAUUGUCAUAGGUGCAACAAAUCGUCCUGAGGCUGUUGAUCCUGCUCUGAGACGGCCUGGAAGAUUUGAUAGGGAAAUUUACUUUCCACUGCCAUCAGUUGAGGACAGAGCUGCUAUUCUGUCUUUACACACUCAAAGGUGGCCAAAACCAGCCUCUGGAUCCUUGCUUCAGUGGGUUGCUAAAGAAACUGCAGGUUUUGCUGGUGCUGAUCUACAGGCUCUUUGUACCCAAGCAGCUAUGAUUGCCUUGAAGAGGAAUUGUGCAUUGCAAGAGCUUCUUUCUGCUGCUGAAAAGAAGGAUAAUAAUGGCAGACGUGUUCCUCUUCCCUCCUUCUCUGUGGAGGAAGGGGAUUGGCUGGAUGCUCUUGCAUGUUCCCCCCCUCCGUGCUCUCGCAGAGAAGCAGGAAUGGCCGCAAAUGAUAUAGUUGCCUCUCCUCUUCGUGCCCAUCUGACUCCUUGUCUGCUUCAACCACUAUUGCAUUUGAUUGUUUCCCUUUGUCUUGAUGAGCGCCUGUGGCUUCCUCCUUCCCUUUCCAAAGCUGCAAAACUGAUAAAAAAUGCAGCUAUUUCGGCUUUGGAAAAGAAGAAAAUGCCUGGUGUUUCUUGGUCAUCCUGUGUACUGGAUUUGAUCAAGGAAGCAGAUGUUAUGAGAGAGAUAGAGAGAAAUCUUUCUUGUGCUGGUCUUUUGGUUAGUGCUUCUGGUUUUGCUGAUUUCAAUGCAUUAAAUGAUGAUACUGAUGAUGGCCAUGGAAAAGUUGAUACUGGUAAAGCAAAUUCUGCUAGUACUCAUAUUAAUUUGUUUCGGAAUGUAUCUUCUUCAUCUCAAACAUCGGGAUUCAGGGUAUUGAUUGCUGGAAGUCCUAGAUCUGGGCAAAAGCAUCUUGCUUCAUGUCUUCUCCACGCUUAUGUGGGGAAUGUUGAAAUUCAGAAGGUCAACUUGGCUACCAUUGCACAAGGAGGACAGGGAGAUUUUGUUGAAGCCGUGACACACAUAUUAUUGAAAUGUGCAAGUAGGGGAUCAUGUGUAAUUUUCAUGCCUCGAAUUGAUUUGUGGUCCAUAGAGACUCAACAUCAAGUUGUUGAGUCAGGAUCAAAUGUUAAAGGAAGGCCUGAAGAUGCUAGGGAUGAUUCCUCCCCAGAUAAUGCUUCCUUGUCAAAUUCUUCGGGAGCAAAUAUGACAGCAGGGCCUGGAGCUGCUAAGAAACGUUUCUUACAGAAGAAGGAUUCCUCUUCAAACGUGUCAGAAUCAGAUAAAACACCAAGGCUUGAAGUUGGAAGGGAAUAUGUUUCACAGGAAAAUGGUUCUUCUCCGAGUACAUGUGAUUCGAAUGCAACAGUGGGGCCUGACGAUUAUGGGAUAAAUGUCUCUUUGGCCUGGAAUUCAUUUGUUGCGCUGGUGGAAUCCAUGUGUUUGUCUGCGUCCUUUAUGAUUUUGGCUACUUCAGAGGUGCCAAGUCAAGUUCUCCCUCUUGGAAUAAAGCAGUUCUUCUCAAGUGAUAUAUUGAGUGGUAAUAGCUCAGCACACUCAGUACACACAAUACCUCGUUUCUUGGUGCAGGUUGGUGGGAAUUUCAAUCAAGAUGACGUGAUUAGCUCAUCUGCAGCAGAGUUGUCAGCAGAUAUCAUUAAACAAUAUGUUCAGCUGAUUCAUCAGAGAAUUCACAGUGAUUUUAUUUGCAAGGAGUAUAAAAUACGUAUUGCAAAUGAAGAUAGUAGACAGAUGGAAUGUGAUACUACAAAAGACGUUGCAGUUAAUAGCAGUCAGCAGGAAAAUUCUGGAAAAGUAGUUUGUAGUGGGAAUGCUUUUUCCGGUGGUCUGGAAACUCAACCGUACACACAUGAUUCUAAGGGAUAUCCUCCAAUUUUGAGAAAUACUGGCCAAGAUGAGGUUGGGAAUCAUCGUCCUCAAGAUAUUGUUCCUAGGAAUCCACCUAAUACUAGGACAUUGAAAGGGAAAUCUAACUUGCUGUUAGCCAUAUCUUCCUUUGGCUUUCAGAUUUUGCGAUAUCCUCACUUUGCUGGACUCUGUUGGGCCACAUCAAAAUUAAAAGAAGGUCCCUGUACAGAUAUAAAUGGACAUUGGAAGGAUUGGCCAUUUAAUUCUUGUAUUGUUAGGCCCAAUAGCUCGUUAGAGAAGGUGGCUGUUGGAUUGAGCUCUAGUAAUAUUAGAAACAAAGAAAAUUCAGUUUUAGUUAGAGGUCUCAUAGCUGUUGGCCUGUUGGCAUAUGAAGGUUUUUACUCCUCAGUUAGAGAAGUUUCUUUUGAAGUGCAAAAGGUUCUAGAUCUUUUAGUUGGACAGAUUAAUGCUAGAGUUCAGGGUGGAAAAGAUAGAUAUCAGUUCUUCCAUCUUCUGUCACAAGUGGCAUAUUUGGAAGAUAUGGUCAAUAGUUGGGUAUACACAUCACAGAGUUUAGAGCUGGACUCUCAAAUGCCAGUGUCAGACCCUAGACCUACUCCAGAUGAUUCACAUACCUGUCUGGAUAGCCUGAUUGAGUGUGAUGUACACAAGAAAAAUGUUUCUGUCAAAUUCUCCUAUGAAGCAAAUCAAGAAGAAAGCCCACCGCGGCUUGCAAUUGAAAAGAUUGGAUAUAUUGGGUCCAACAAGGGAGUUCCUAAUUUUGGUUUGCUUGAGAGCGAAAUGAGUGUCACAACUUCUAAGGAAGGGCCUCAACAGACUUCCUUUGGUCAUUCUGACUCCGUUGUACUUCAGAGUUCUUCCUCUGCUGUUGACCCAGUGGCCACAGUCACUGCUGUGAACGAACCAUGUGAGCCUUGUCAUUCUGAACCAUGCAAUUCAGAAAAUCCUGUUUCUACUCAAGAGGUUCGUGGGGAUUUUGGGUGCAUGAAAAAAUCUAGGGGUUCAGCUAUAGAACGGUCUGUUAAUUGUGGGGAUAUUGAAUGUUGUCCAGGCGAAUUGGGUGAACUUAUGGUCUCUAGAUCCAGUAAAGUCUGUGAUCAGAGCAAUGGUUUGUCGGCAGCAGGGACCAAUCUUUUGUCUGAGGCUGAUCCCUGUAAUCAUGAUGAACCUACCGGAGAUGACAACUCUAACAUAAACAGCAGAAAGAAUCUUUCAGCUGCCUCUGGCAUUGCAUGUUUGUAUGAAUGUUGCGAUGAGUGCUUACAUAAUGUCUAUUCUUUAAUUCAAGAAAUUCUUAAUCAUGAAUGUGAUUCUAAUGAAAGCUGCUCUGUAGAAGAUCUUCAUGAUAUUGUUUCAUCAUGGUCCGUGAAUCUUCUUUCAUCAAUCAGAAAGUUAGUUCUUGCUGAGAGUAACAGUGGUUCAGAGAAGGGCUUCAGCAGGAAACUAAGUCGGGAUGAUUAUGGAAUUUCUGGUCCAGGUAUUUUCAAGUUCAAGAAACCUUCAUGUCAGUGCACAAGUUCAGGAAAUAAGGUGGUCAUGCCGAUGGAGUGUAGUUGUCACUCAGGAGAGAGUUUGGCUGCAAAGACAAAUGCUUAUUCAAAUUCUCAGAUUCGGAUGGAUUUAAAAUUCAUUAUCAGAGACAAUGUACUUGUGCCUGCAAAUCCUGAUGAGGCAGUUUCAUUUCACUGCAAGUUUCGACAUUUGUGCCUUUGUUCUCUUAUAGAGUGGAUAUUCAUGAUCAAGUAGCCUUUGGGUUGAUGUAAUGUUGAAUUGGCAGUCAGGUCAGAGUAGUUUUGGCAUAUUCUUUUUUGGUGGUACGCCACAAUCAAUUUUAUUACUCCGCCAGAGAUGUACAAAUCAAAAUUUUGUAGUCUGCAAUUCAAUUAAUCCUGUUCAUCCUCUUUCCAUAGUAGCAA